AUGUCCAAUUUAGAAAUAAAUAAAUCACCGGCACAAUUGCCGGCAACACCUCAAGUGCAGCAGCAACAGCAACAACAACAACAGCAGUUGCAACCGACGACCACGCCGACACAACAGCCGCCACAGCAAGAAAAUGCAAUUAUGGUUGCUGGUGGUCAACCACCAACAACAGCCACAAACGAACAAACAAUGACGGACAGCGGCAGCACAUCGUUAUCGACCACAGACAUAUUAACCCCAUCAUCGUCAACAUCAACAAAGCCAAUUGACACCGAACAAGAGGAGCUAGACUAUAGCCCCAUGGCCACCACUUCGGCUACAAUGGCUGAUGGGGAACAACAAUUAAAUGUGACCGGCAGCCAACCUCAACAUGAGCCGAUGAGUGUGGCAAUCGAAAAAGAAGAAUCACAACAGCAGCAUCAAACAUCAAAAGAACAACAGCCAUCGCCAUCAACAACGGCAGCAACAUCGACCAAACAUCAAUUUUUGCCUACAAG